AUGGAAAAAGAAAGUGCACCGGGAGAAUCAUCGCACUCGCUAUCAUCUUCAUCAUCACCUAUGACAACAUCAACCAAACACAUAAAUUUAGAAACGGAAUCGAUUGGACCUUCAAAAGCCUUCAAUACGAGCAACCCAGGCAUUGCGCAUUUCCCUAUCGAUCAAGCAUCACAACUUGCAGCACCACCAGUGCAUGCCUCAGAAACGUUAGCAUUGGAUGUACAUUCUGGAGAGAGCACGUCGCAGCUCUAUGCAUCAUACUUUGCUGCUUCAGCAACAGUACAGCAAAAGCAACAACAACAACAACAACAAAAGCAACAACAAUCUUUACCAGGUACGGUAUCUUCUUUACCAGGUAUAGAAAAAGAGAAGCAGCGAAAUACCGAAAGUAAACCACGUAUUGCCACAAAGAGUAUGUUUGGUUCAUUGUCCCGUUUGGCUAGUGAUGCAUUCAAGGGUGCGAAACAGGCUACUGAGCAACUUGCGCAAGUUGCACAGCAUACUAGCUCUACUUCCAACUUGACAACAAUCAUCGAGUGCUAUUUAAGUUUGUCUCUUCAAUUUAUAGGUAUAGAAAAAGAGAAGCAGCGAAAUACCGAAAGUAAACCACGUAUUGCCACAAAGAGUAUGUUUGGUUCAUUGUCCCGUUUGGCUAGUGAUGCAUUCAAGGGUGCGAAACAGGCUACUGAGCAACUUGCGCAAGUUGCACAGCAUACUAGCUCUACUUCCAACUUGACAACAAUCAUCGAGCCAAAAUCUCUGCAAACGGUGCCAUCGUCGUAUCCGUUAUCUCCAAGUCCAUCCUUUCCUGAAAAUGAAUUAUUGCCUGGUUUGAGCAAUUUGUCAGAGGAAGAACGUCAAAAAAUCAUGGCGGUAAUGGCAAGCGCUGAAUUAGACAUGGCAUCGACUAGUGUAUCACCAACUCCGGUCAAAAUAUCUAUUUUGCAUACACUGGAUUCAUUUUUCAAGAAUGAGGAUCGAAGAGAUUCUAUAAGUAGUUUAUCUGAACAGUCGAAAGUGGAUUCUGUCUCAAUCGGUGAAGUAGAGUCGAAGUCGUCUGUUGUGAUGCCCCUUUCCUUUGUAUCCUCGGACAUUGUGGGUGAAGUGGAUUUGUCAUAUUUGUCAUCAGCCGAACGAAGCCAAAUUAUCAGCGUGAUGAAAGCUGCCGAGUUUGAGGAAUCAAAUAUCAUUCCGCCUGUGUCAUCAUUGUUUCCGGUCUCGAAUACACCGCUCCUAACCAUGCCGAUUAAUGAGGGGGUCCACGAUAAUUUAGCAGGGCUUUCACCAACUGAAAGGGCCAAAAUCGUAUCUGUAACGAAAGAAACGAAAGAUGCACAGGAAGGACAUUUCGAAGCCACUCAUGCGAUUUCAUCUCAACCUGUUUCCCAAACUGAAACAUCAGGAGAUUACAUUGAAGAAAAUGGAUGGCGUGAGGAUAAAAAAUCUGGAGAUAUUGGUGAUCAGGAUAUGGCCAAGCAUGAAAUCCUUACGAACUUUGUGGAAUCAUCUGCUACAUCCUCCACCAGUGUCACAUUACCGCAAAUCGAUAGUGAUUACACAAUAACUGAAAAUAGCAGCUGUGAUUCCGACUUCAGACAUCCAAGCAUCGUGUCGAGUAUUGUCACUGGAACUGAUAUCCAGGAAACAGAUAUCCCAUCAGCACCAGGAAGCAGUGAUUAUGGUAGCGCCGAUUUUGAUUACACUUAUGGAGAUGAUCGUAGGUUUAUAUUUGAUGGUGCCAGUCAACUGGAAGAUUCUCUGAAAGAAAAUCAAGAUGCGGACAGUGGUAUUGGAACUCUCGAUUGUUUCACCGAGGAAGAAGAAAAAGGUAACGCAGACAUGCAGAAGCAUGAAAAAACAGCGGGAGAUUAUAUGGAAGUAGCCGAUUCACAUCACCAGAUUAUCGCAGUUACUGAUGGUUCUGAGGAGACUGUUAUGGAAACAAGUGAUACUACUGAAAAAAAUCUAUAUCAAGUAAAUAUGACUCAAGAUAGUGAUGAAAAAUUUCUCAUUAGUGCUGACAAUCACCCGAAAAAGGCUUUAGAGUCACAGACCUCCACUGCUCAAAACGAAGUACUGAAAACUGCAGUUAUUAUGCGGAUUCCACCGGCAAUAACGGUAACUGAUCAUGAUGACGGAAUCGGAAUAGCAGUUGAUGACGACUCCGAUGCUGAAACAAGUCCUUCUUCUGAUGAAGAUGACUAUCCUGACCAGGUAAUCGAAGUACCCUCUGCACCACCAAUAUCUUACGAUGUAGUGGAAAAAGAACAAGAACAACAGGAAGCACUCGGGAAAGCUGUUCUACAACAAAUACAGGCUUUUGGAGAAGCAGCAAAUGAUGAGUUUGACGUGCAAUGGGUUCAUGAUAACUUAAUUAGAAAUGAAGCGAUGAGUAAUAUUUUUGCACAUGAUGAAAGUACGACACCAGCGGCAGCUUACGAUGGGAUCCUAUUAUCAAUCGAAACUGAGCGUACCGACAAAGCAGUGAGUUUGAAUAAAGUCACCCCCGAGAGGAAAAAUCCAUUCCUCGAUAUCGAUGAUAAUGAGAGUACACUAAAAAUUGUGGAAGAUUCACUGGAAUCCGAUGAUGUUGAUUAUACAACUGCAGCUAGCUAUUACAACAACCAGUCAUUCUUAACUCAUAGGCCUGGUUCGGUUUACACAAUUCCGGAGGAUAAAGAGCAAGAUGAUGGACAGAUCAAUACUGAUUCGAAAUUCUACGCAAAAGAAGUGGUUCGCAGGGUACGCGCAGAAUCAGCAAGUCUAAAAGCGACUUCUAAGUCCACUGCGCCUAUUGAAACAACAGAUGCGUUAAAUAUGGUUUCAGCUUUGAGUUCUGCUCAAAAAAGUAGAGAUGUGACGAGAACCGUCUAUAGUGGCGACUACUAUAAUCAGCUGCAAAAGCGCCAGGAUGAGGUUUCAAAACAAAUGUUUCGUAGGACAGAAGCAGAUACAGUGACUCCAGCAACUGAAGCAAAUGUGAACAGCUAUGAAGCUUCAAGACAAUUGGAACAUACCACUAUGUCUUCAUCAAUUGCGCAGAAAGUCAAUCAGUUUUACGAUUGUAGAGAUGUGACGAGAACCGUCUAUAGUGGCGACUACUAUAAUCAGCUGCAAAAGCGCCAGGAUGAGGUUUCAAAACAAAUGUUUCGUAGGACAGAAGCAGAUACAGUGACUCCAGCAACUGAAGCAAAUGUGAACAGCUAUGAAGCUUCAAGACAAUUGGAACAUACCACUAUGUCUUCAUCAAUUGCGCAGAAAGACCCCACUUCAUUUUUUCCCUCCGGUAGUGUUCCGUUAUGCAGCAGUGCUAUGGUCUUUGGCGUCUCCUCGUACCGUAUUGCAUCAGCCGGUUUCGAUGGCAUCCAGAAUGAGCGGAUCGAUGAAAUAGAAAUAUCCACAAAUUUACCUCCCAAUAAAAAUGAUACUGGGAUUGAGGUAUUGAAAAUGAGUUCAGGAGUAGCCCAACAUUCGGAAAGCGAAACAUCAUCGAAUUCGGUUUGUAUUACAUCGAAUUUUCACCACACGCUGGGACAGCCAUUCAAUUCACCUUCCAAAGCAAAACCUGCUUCUUUAUCGGGAACACUGGGAAGUGGACUGGAUUUGAAUGUUGCAACUAUAUCAUCCAGAUCUGAUAAUGAUUCGACAGCUACAAGACUAAAACGAUCACCAGCCAUGAUGUUGAUGGGUGACCAACAGCAUCACGUUUCUAGCACAUCCACAACUUCCGAACCGUUGACUACUGCUUAUAUGCCAACGUUGCUCUCACAGACCAUUCUAAAAGAGGUCGUUUAA